UUUAGGUUAGGAUAUAGCUUUGAUCCUUAGAACUUUUCUAUAACUAGGUCUAAGCUUUGAUCACCUGUUUAAAAAAUCAGCUGAUUUAUUCGAUAUCAGUGUCAUCCUGUUCCUGUCUGCUCUGCGAUAUCACUGUGGCUAUAUUCUUGUUUUCAUUUUUUGUUAAUCACUAUUAUCAAUCUAUCUGUGUGACUAUCUUUUAAUAAAUAUUAUUGCUAGCGUUAAUCAGUAUUACAUUGGCAAAUUUUAAUAAUUUCCUAUUAUGGCUGUCGGAAGAGUAAAAACAAAAUUAGAAAAAACUGGAGAGAUUGUGGCCUACAGUGAAAGUGCCGUAAGAAACAAUGCUGCAGUCGUGGAAUACUGUCGAACAUCCAUGGCAGCAUUGUCAGGUGGAACUGCUGGAUUGCUGGGACUCACAGGCUUUUACGGAUUCGGAUUCUAUGUUUUUGCUGUUAUCGGACUUUGGGGUCUUCUCCUAAUGAAAGCUGGACACCAAUGGAAGAAGUAUUUCAUUAGUCGGAGAAUGCUUCUGACGAACGGGUUUUUUGGUGGUCUAUUUAUUCCUCUACGGGAUGGUACAUGUGUAUUGAGUUGUACACAAAUUGAAUCUUCAUGAAAAUCAUCUACACACUAUCACCCAUAUUCACCUAUCUACAGUGCAAUUAAUUUAAGAAUGUAUUUUAUAAACUCUGUAUUAAGUUGUAAAUGUAAGAUCAGAAAGAAUAUAUGUUACGAUAAUUGAAUCCAAUUCUAAUGCA